AAAGCUGACCCUUCUCAGCUCGCUCGUUCUCUCCCCCCCUACCUCCCUCUUUCGAAUCUCUGAUCUCCCUCCCAACUCCCAAACAUCUCAAUCCCUCGCACAAAGAGAAUUGAAAAGUAAUAAUUUUUCGAGUAAAAUUCAGAAGUUUUUAUUUUUAUUUUUGUGGGUGUUAGAGAUUAAGCCAUUUGAGUUGGAGUACUGGUUGGUCUAAGUCAGUGGGGGAGGAGGAGAGGGAGAUAUAUAUCAGCAGAUGAAGGAUCAUUCAUCAACGACAACAUCGUCGUCCUUAAUGGAGAGUUUGCUUGGACUCCUCAGAAUCCGCGUCCAGCGUGGCGUCAAUCUCGCCGUCCGCGACGUCUCUAGCAGCGACCCAUAUGUCGUCGUCAAGAUGGCCAAACAGAAACUGAAGACACGUGUUAUUAAGAAGGACGUUAAUCCUGAGUGGAAUGAAGAUCUAACUCUUUCUGUCACUGACCCUAAUCUUCCAAUAAAGCUGACUGUUUAUGAUCAUGACACUUUCAGCAAAGAUGACAAAAUGGGAGAUGCUGAGUUUGACAUCAAAGCAUACAUAGAUGCCUUGAGGAUGAAUUUGCAAGGCCUCCCAAGUGGCACCAUAAUCUCAAGAGUACAGCCAUGCAGGCAAAACUGCCUUUCUGAAGAGAGCUGCAUAAUGUGGAACGAGGGCAAGGUGGUCCAAGAUAUCUGCCUCAGAUUGAGAAAUGUGGAAUGUGGGGAAGUGGAAAUCCAAUUGCAAUGGAUUGACCUUCCUGGUUCCAAGGGUUUAGAAAGUAUUUGACUGCUCCUUUAUUUGUUUUCCUUUAUGCAAAGUUUAUGGGCUGGCCUUCAAGCUUCUACAACCCUGCGUCGGGUGAGCUUCACAGUCAUAGACGCGUAAUGAAGUAACCUUCUAUGUCUGAAUCCAAUUUGUGGCUCAUAAAUAGGGUUGGAUUUAUGUAUUGUGGUCUUACUGUUACCCAAAUUAAUAUUAUGUAUGUGCACAAUCAUCGUCUGCCCACUUAGCAGAUAUUUCGAUGUUGUAUUUACAAAUUACCAGUAAAAAAUGAGAUAAAUCUCGUGAAGAAACAUGUUCAGUUUCUUUCUUUUUUCAA